AUGAUCCUUCGACCUCUCACCGCAUUUUUCUAUUUUUCGUCAGUGUUUGGCUUGGAGAGCAUUCGAGUGAUGUCGUUCAACAUUUGGAAUUGCGGCGUGAACGUUGAGAAUGGGGUGCUGAAAAUCGCGAAACACAUAGCGCUUGUCAAUCCGGAUAUCGUCGCUUUACAGGAGGUCGAGUUCGAGGGAUGCGCGAAGAACAUCACCCAAUAUUUGCCGGCUCAUUGGACGAUUGUCACGCCGGAUCGCGAGUAUCCCGAUGCGAACAUCAUCACAAAGCAUAAGGUCAUCGAUUUCGUUGCCCCCAGCGAUUCGGCUUCACUGUACGCGCAAAUCGAAUUCCCCACAGGCUCACGGUUGAACAUUUGGGGAGUCCACGCAGCCUAUCAAGCUUAUGGCCCAUAUGCUGCUUACAACAAAAUGGUCACCAAUCUUUCGCAAAUCAUCACCGCCGAGCACUGGCACAAAGCAGGCCGAGCAGCGGACAUUCAAACGAUUCUCAGCAGUCCUGAGAUGGCUGAAGCACUGAAAGAGGAGGACAAGAUCCCGAUGAUUGUCGCCGGUGACUUCAACAGUCCAAGUCACCUGGAUUGGACCGAUGAGACAACAUCAAUCCACGGUGGUUGGGCGGUCCCGUGGCCAGCCACGAAAGAGUUGAUCGAUUUCGGCUUCAUCGACUCAUUUCGGGCGCUCUACCCGAGUCCAGUGGAGGAUCCAGCGUACACCUGGUCGACUUGCAACAAGUUUAACAGUGAAUACGAUUUCGUCAUUCCCGAGCCACAGGACCGAAUCGAUUUCAUUUUCUAUCGUGGUGGACUCAAGCCGAUUCGAUCACAAAUCUACGGGGGCACCGAGCCGAUCAAGCCAAUUCCAAAUCAUAAACAAAACGAUUAUCCAUCCGAUCACUUUGCCGUUGUCACCGAUUUUGCUUUCGUCAAAAAACGAUCAAAAGAUUUGGAGGUUUUUGUU